UCGCUACCAUUCUCUCUCUGGCUCCCGCGUCCCGUGUGCGGUCGCUCACCCACCUCCUCGCAAGACACAUACGUACACACACACACGCGGCCCCCCGAGAGAACCGCCAGACUGCACAAAAUCCUCCCCGGGGAAAGACUCGACCGCUCACACUGACUCACGCACGCACGCCGAGAAGACGUCCGUGCGCUCUCUCUCGCCGCCGACGCUGUACUUGAACUUGAUCUUGAAUCGGUGCGUGUGAAAGGCUGGAUACGGCUACAGCUUCGUUUCGCAGCCGCCCGGAACACUUUAGAUUGACAAUCAUUUUUUUUUUUUUUUUUUUUACGACAAUCUUUGAAGGCCCUUAUAUUUAUUUAUUUAUUUCAAUCUCAAGACUUCGGACUUGUAUAAAUCUUUUGGAAGUUUAGCAUAGAAAGUAUAUGCCCUUUAAACUGAGAGGAAUUUAGGACAUUUGGCUGCCGAGUUGUAGAACAAGUGCCAGUUCCUUUUUUUUCAUCAAAGCCGGUAGCCGCUGUUCCACGGAGACUUCAACGCCAGCGCCAGGAGUGAUCCAUCAUGAAGUGCCUUCUGAUUCUCCCAUUCCUCCUCUUCGGCAUGGUGCAAGGACGGGGGACAAGAACCUGCAACCAGAUUUGUCCCAAGGAAGUGAAUCCUGUGUGCGGAAGUGACGGUAUCAUUUACUCCAGCUCGUGUGACCUGAAGCGACAGACGUGCGGGAAGCAAGAGAGAGUGGCGGCAGUGUCCGACGAGCAGUGCCUCCGAGCCAACGGAGGGAAGUGCGACCACCGUUGUACUUCACUGUUGGACCCCGUGUGUGGCUCUGACGGGAGGACUUACCUCAAUCGGUGUAUUUUCAGGGUGGAGCAAUGCAGGUCGGGUGCCACUUUUGCCCACUACGGCGCCUGCUCCAACGACACCAACCCUUGUCCCGGCGACUGCUCAGACAAGCCCCUUGACGGCCCUGUCUGUGGCUCCGACGGAAAUGUCUACAACUCGACCUGCGAUUUGGAAUACAGGACUUGCGGCCAAAAGGUUGUCAAGACAUCAUACAAGCACUGCCAGACGACCAAGCACUGCCAAGACGUGUGCUUCUUCUCCUUCAAACCCGUGUGUGCUUCCAAUGGCCGUAUGUACAAUAGCAAGUGCCAGAUGAAGAUGCUGAACUGCGGCAAACACAUCUUCCAGACUCCGAUGGUCCACUGCCGACCUCAGGAGCGAGCACCAGGCGGCUGUCCCAUCACCUGUGAGGGAGAGACACUCUCCCCCGUGUGUGGUUCAGACGGAAAUAUCUACGACCACAAAUGCGACAUGAGGAGACUGACAUGCGGAUCAGGAAGCGCAGGUUCGGUCUAUGAGGUUGACCUCGAGAAGUGCCGAAAGAGGUUCGAGAAAUGCGAGCGAAUUGUGUGUCCCAGCACCUUGGACCCUGUUUGUGGCACUGACAGCAGUACUUACACCAACUACUGCCUGUUGCACAAGGCUCAUUGCAAGAAGGGCGUAGAGCUUGCCCACUACGGCGUGUGCCCUGACAUGACCAGCUCCGAGGAAUGCCCCAAGCUGUGCCCACAGAAGGCCGAGGAAUACCCCGUCUGUGGCUCUGACGGCAAUGUGUACAGCUCUGUGUGUGAGAUGAAGAGGAGGACUUGCAAUCAGAAGGUCGUCCCCGUGGCACUGCAUCACUGCCAGGCCACCAAGCACUGCUACGACCAGUGCCAGAGUGAGGACGGGGGUGCCGUGUGUGGCUCAGAUAACAAGAUGUAUCGCAAUGUCUGCGAGAUGAAGGCCAAGAACUGCGGUCGCCACGUCUUCGAAGUCCCUAUCAAGAACUGCCUUGAGGGCUUUAGAUUUCUCAAAUGCCUGAAGUUCUGCCCGCCCAUGUUCGACCCUGUGUGCGGCACCGACGGCAAGACAUACAGCAAUGAGUGUUUCCUUCAGAUGGAGAACUGCCGCUCCCGCAGUAUUGGCCGCAGUCUUGUUACGCGCAUUUACCACGGCAAGUGCGGCCAGCCAGUUCCCGAGGCCAAGCUUUACAUGUUCAGAUAAAGAAUUCCAGCGAUGAAAGAGAGAAAAAAAAGAAUGCAAGAGAAUUUCAAUUCCUUUCCCUUUUUAUGUGAUAAAAUGUGAAAUCUGAGGGUGGACUACAAGUAUAUAUAUUUUUUUUUUUUAUGGUGAUUUUUCUGUUUAGCGAAAGCUUUGUUGUGUAGAUUUUAAUGUUUUCUGAUCUGAAUCCAACAAUGAUUACAAAUGCUUUCAUUGAAUUGAAUUUUCUUAAAAAAACAAAAAAAAUAUUCAGUUGUAUCAAUUUUUUAUUUCAUUUUAUAUAUUCACCCAUUUUCUGUGUUAUUUUUGCAUUUAAUUAUUUGUUUAUCUAUUUAUUCACUAAUAUUUCUAUUUGUUAAUUUCUUCAUUCAUAUAUUUGUCCAUUUAUCAAUGCUUACCCAUUACUCGUGUUAAAUAAAUGCCUACUGACUAGCCCAAACAUUUGCUUCUGUAAAAAUAUUAUCACACAAUAAGCUUAUUAGUAAAACAUGGGAGGUGAUUUCCAUAGCUCUUUACUAAAAGAAGAAAGUCAGACAUUAGAAAAAAAAAUAUUGCUGUAAAUUCUGAACAAUAGUCAGAUAACCAUAAACAGUAUUUGCUACUUUAGGGGGCAGCUGUAACAUAACUGUAUUUGUUCUUGGGAUUACAGUUACCUCACAAAAGUCCCCAAUGUUAUGUACUUUUUCUUUUUUUCUUUCUUUUUUUUUUUUUGUCAUUAAUUGAAUACCAGAAUGAUGCCAAGCUUUCUUAACUGUGCAGUUAAGUUAAAUCUUAUAUACUUUUCCCCCAAAAAUCUGUCAGUGAAACCAAUUUCCCUUUUCAUUAUAACUCAUGCAGAAUUCUCACACACACUAUAAAAAUCACCUCUUAGGUUUUACUAAGCUAACAGAUAAAAUCCCAGUAACCCAAGAAAAAACAUAUCAAAAGUUUACAAGUUUUUGCCAAGCGUGGAGCUGGUAAUCUUUACAAUAUAUUUCCUCUAGUAUAAAAUUUCACCUUUGACUCUCAAACUGAACUGAGUUUAAUUACAUUACCUAUUUAUUUCUAGAGCAUCCCAACCCCUCCAAUAGAAAACAUAACACCCUUGACAUACUUGUCAACUUGUUAAUUAUUUAUUCGCAGCUUUCUUAAUUUAUUUAUAUUUAUUUAAUUUACUGUGUUAUGUUUUUAUUAUUCCCAGUUGAAGAAGCGUCUGCUGUGAUACUACAUAUAUAUAAUUUUUUUCUCUCCUCCCCAACAAAAAAUAAAUCUCUUUUCUUGUAGAUGUGCUAUGACUAAGCCAUCAUAAGUGUUAGUAGCUGUUAGUAGGUUUGUUUGUACUCUAAGUUUGUUAGAAGGCAUAUUGUUAGCCAUGUUGAUGUGGAAUUAGUCCAUGUUUAUAUAUACACAUUUUAGAGGCGCAUAAAAAUGGCCUAAGUAGAGCUUGGUCAAAGGAGCUGGCAUAUUUUAUUCAGUAUUCUGAUUGACUUAAGUUAUUUAAGUUCUUGAUUACCUUAUUAAGAUUUAUGCUAUUAAUAUUACCUGAAUAUGUGACAUGUGUAACACAGUGUUAUUAUAUGGUAUACAUUUUUUUCAAUAAUAUAUGUGCAAUAAAUGCUUUCCUUGA